AUGAUCUUUAUACAAUUUAUAAAUAUUACAGUUAUUAACCAUCUAUCUCUUCUCUUUCAAUCCAUUCCUUCACUUUUCGUUUCUCUCUCAUUAGAAAACCUAUCCAAAUUAUCACCAAUUACCAAUCAUGGAGCCAAUCAAAAUGUAACAGUCCAAAGUUAUUCAGAUGUAUCAAGUGAUUCUGUUAAUUCCAUUGCUUGUAGACGUCGUCGUGGAUGUUGUGGUGCCAACAACAUUGAUAUCGAUAUCGAUAUUGAUAUUUGUAUCGACAAUGGUUUUGGUGGUCGUCGUGGUGCUCAAUGGUGGUAA